GUGCCCUGAGACCACGUGGUCUCCGAGUACGCUCCGGUCGCCCUUGGACGCUCUUGUCUUCGCGGGUCAUGGCCGGUCCCGCGCAGGGCGGUGGGGCCAGGGCCCUGGACCUGCUCCGGGCUCUGCCGCGUGUAAGCCUGGCCAACUUGAAGCCGAAUCCCGGCUCCAAGAAACCGGAGAGACGACCAAGAGGUCGGAGAAGAGGUAGGAAAUGUGGCAGAGGCCAUAAAGGAGAAAGACAGAGAGGAACCCGGCCCCGCCUGGGCUUUGAGGGAGGCCAGACUCCGUUUUACAUUCGAAUACCAAAAUAUGGGUUUAAUGAAGGACAUAGCUUCAGACGCCAGUAUCAGCCUUUGAGUCUCAGUAGACUGCAGUAUCUUAUUGACUUGGGUCGAGUUGAUCCUACUCAACCUAUUGACUUAACCCAGCUUGUCAAUGGGAGAGGUGUGACCAUCCAGCCACUUAAAAGGGAUUAUGGUGUCCAGCUGGUAGAGGAGGGUGCUGAUACCUUUAAGGCGAAAAUUAACAUUGAAGUACAGUUGGCUUCAGAACUAGCUAUUGCUGCAAUUGAAAAAAAUGGUGGCGUUGUUACUACAGCCUUCUAUGAUCCAAGAAGUCUGGAAAUCCUAUGCAAACCUAUUCCAUUCUUUCUUCGUGGACAACCCAUUCCAAAACGAAUGCUUCCACCUGAAGCAUUGGUACCAUAUUACACUGAUGCAAAGAAUCGUGGUUACCUGGCAGAUCCUGGCAAAUUUCCUGAAGCAAGACUUGAACUCGCCAAGAAGUAUGGUUAUAUUUUACCGGAUAUCACUAAAGAUGAACUCUUCAAGAUGCUCAGUUCUCGAAAGGAUCCAAGGCAGAUUUUCUUUGGUCUUGCUCCAGGAUGGGUGGUGAACAUGGCAGAUAAGAAAAUCUUAAAACCUACAGAUGAGAAUCUUCUCAAGUAUUAUAGCUCAUGAAUUCCUGUCCUAGAAAGCAGAGGUGUUAAAGAAUGCUGGAAAAGAGACUGAAAGAUACAUAUUUCUGAUUGCAUUUUCCUAAUGUGUAAUUCUCCAGAUGUUGAUGUUAAUUUUCAGUGUAAUCUUAUCUCUUUAAUUUUCAUUUAAAAUUAAAACUUUAGGAAGCAAGGACUGCCUCGAG